AUGGCAUGCGAUCACAGGAAGUCGCAUGACCAUGUGCGAUGCAGGACUGUCCCCCGCCUAGUCAUGGCGAGGGCGUUUCUCUUCGGCGUUGCUAUUGGGUUCGCGACCUUGAGCGCAUACCAGCUGUGGAACCAUCGAAACUCCAGCAGCAUGCGGAUGAAUAGACAUCGAUCGUCUCUUAGCAGGUGGUCCAAGAUCCAAGGAAACAGGACCAAGGAAGGUCAUCGUGGACACACCAGGGACUACAUGGCUGUAUGCGACAUACAACGGCCUGAGAACUGGGUUGUGGAUAUGAAGUACGAGGCCUCGAGCGAGGAGUCUGAUAGCGUCAAGAAGAAGCGUUUCUUCGUCAGCGUUCAUGAUCCUUCGAUCGACACGGUGAUCAGCAAAGGGAUACUGGAUGGAAUAUGGGGUCCAAAGGAGAAGUACCCCAGUGUUACAGAGAUGUUCUCUAUCUGCAAGUUUGCAGGGAGUAAGAAGACUGGGAGACCCUACCGUCUUGAUUGCGGGAACGGCAAAGUUUUCGUGGAAGGGGGAGCUGCCAUCGGAAUGGCUGUAAAAGACAACGUAGAGCGCAUCACGGAAAGCGCAUGCAUGAAUGGUGUCCGUCAUUGUACCCACAGAAGAUUGAAGCAUGAGAAGUUGAACAAAGGAGGCAAGAUCAGCCGCAAGAGUAAGUUUCAUUCUGACCUGCACGGCUCUGAUGCGAUUUGGAAGAGCGAAAAGAGAUUUCCUCUGAAUAUCCGACAAAAUCUGAUUGGAGAGAGGACGGCAAACACCACAGCUGGGAAGAUGCACAAGCUGCAGACGCAGCCUGGGAAUCUUGCAGCCAUCGAACUGGGGGGUGGUGUAGUGACAACAGAGGCCUCGUUGAUCACUGUCGAUGAGGACGUUAAGAGCAGACAGGCGAAGGAGAUCGUCGAAUUCCUGCAAGGCUACGGGUUUGAGUUCUACAACGUCGAGCAAUCAAGUUGCACGACUACCGCUCCUACCUCGUUUGCGCUGAAUGGAUUUGAUGCAGGAGAGGGAGACGGCAAUACCCCUCCUAAAUGGAUUCCACCCAGCGAGGUUAUGAGCUACGUGAUGCAACCCCGAGACUAUGGUGCACACCCCCGUAUUCUUGCGUCGUUGGGGAAGUCCCAUGUAAACAAAACAAGACACAACUAA